AUGGAGGAGAAGAAGCAGAAGAGCAUCAAUGAAAUCCUCCCUGUAGAGCUGAUUCAGAGAAUCCUACUGAGGAUUCCGGUCAAACAUCUUGGCCGCCUCAAGUGCGUUUCGAAACUUUGGUACUCUCUCAUUUCCGAUCCAGACUUUGCGGAAUCGCAUCUUCACCUCUCUCUCGCACCCACUCAUGCGUGCCUAAAAUACUCCACGGAAGCUUACGUUAUUCACCUAGAAGAAGUAUUUAAUGGCGACAAUUACGAAGUAAAAGAGGUAUCUUUCCCUUUCGAGAAGAAGCCACCUUCUGGGUUUGGUGUCGUGGGGUCCUGCAGAGGGUUUGUUCUCUUUUGCCGACGGCCAAAUCUUUUUGUAGUAUGGAACCCAGUCACUGGAUUCAGCCAAAGAAUAUCUUGCUCUUGUAUCGUUCAUGAUAGUAAGGGGAGGUCCGUUAAGUUUCCUGGUGAUUCGAAUCUGUAUGGAUUUGGUCAUGACGCGUCACGGGAUGAUUACUUAGUUGUUGUAGGUUGGCUAGAUGGUGGCAACUGCCAACACUUAUAUUGCUUCUCCUUGACAACCAAUUCAUGGAUUAAUAUUGAUGUUGCACUCCUCAAACCAUUGGGUAGUAUAUGGUGCCGAUCUCGUGGGUUGUUCUUGAAUGGCUCUAUUCAUUGGUUGUUUUCCUCUCUUGAAGGUGAAGGUCUUCUUAUAUUUGAUUUGAAGGAAAGAAGCUUUUCAAAAAUAUCUUUGCCUGAACAACUCAUAAGGCGUCGUAAUCACAGAUUUGUCAUACUAGGAGGGUGCCUAGCCUUCUAUUCUCAUGACUAUUUUGAACAUAAAACAGACAUAUGGGUGAUGAAAGAAUACAAAGUGCAGUCAUCUUGGACUUUGUAUGCGAUUCCUGGUUUAAAUUUUGAUCCUCUAUGCUUAUCCAAUGGUAGUGACAUUAUUGGAGUAGAUCCUUUGCCGGCAUCUAUUCCGGUUGGAUCAUUAAAGCUUGUCAAAUAUAAUAUCAGAGAAGAGCUGCUCCAGCAUUUUACAUGUCCUCCUCGUCUUCAACACUAUGCUUACUACUAUGGAAGUUGCACUUAUACAAAGAGUCUCUUGGUGCUCCCUAGUAAUAGUAAGCAUAAGGAUAAGAAGAAGAAUGUUAUUUAA